AUGAAGCAACAAUACAUACUCGGCAUCUUUUGUUUUCUAUUACUUCUAUAUCAAGUCAAAGCUCAACAUGUACACGGUGCGGCGGAUGAAGAUCAUGAUUGUGCUGCUAUGUCUGUAGAGGACUAUCAUUUGGGCCUUCGUAUUGGCGCCAUCUUUAUUUUGUUUGGUACAACUACUAUUGGUACCUUUUUUCCUAUAAUCUUGCAUCGUAUCAGCCCUUAUAAGCAAGGUGAUAUCCGUGAAUGGAUAUUAACUGUAGGGAAAUUCUUCGGUACUGGUGUCAUUCUAGCCACUGCAUUUGUGCAUAUGCUUCCCGAAGCCAUGGAAAACUUUCAUAGCCCAUGUCUUACUGACGGAUGGCUAUCCUAUGGUGCUUUCGGUGGUGUGUUUUGUAUGAUUGCCUCUUUUGCUCUUCAGUUACUCGAGAUUGUCUCUGUGACACACGUCAAUAAACUUCAAAAACGAAGCCAAGAGCGUCAAAUCAGAGACGCAGAGUUAGGCUUCCAAAAGCAAAUGACAGCUGAUGCGGCCCUUGUAUCUGAAAAGCUAAAAGAUGACCAACAUACCGCUACUCAAUCUCCUGCUCACCAACAAACAACAGCAGCGGAAAAACCAACAGUUAUAAAAGACAAUUCCAUUACAACAACUGCUGAAGCAAGGGACCUCGAGCAUGAUCGUGACCAGCAUCAUCAUCAUCAUUCACACCACCAUAUUGGGGACGAUCACGGACAUACCCAUGGGAUCAUCUUCCAGAGUGAAGACGCCUACAAACAUAUCGGAACCUAUAUUUUGGAGCUUGGCAUUAUUAUGCAUUCCAUUAUUAUUGGUAUUACUUUAUCUAAUGUUAGAAAUGAACAGUUCACCACUUUACUGAUUGCGCUCGUGUUUCAUCAGUUCUUCGAAGGAAUUGCUCUUGGUACACGAUUAAAUGAAAUACCCUACAAGAAGUUGUACAAACCUGUUGCUUUGGGCUUUUUAUAUACCCUUAUGACCCCCAUCGGCACUGCCAUCGGUAUUGGUAUUCAUGCUUCGUUCAAUCCUAAUUCUUAUUCUGCUGUUCUGGCUGCAGCCAUCUUGGACUCUUUGUCAGCCGGCAUCUUGUUGUAUAACGCGUAUGUGUCUUUGAUGAGUAUGGAAAUGAGCCAUAAUACAGCAUUUCAUCAUGCUAGUACGUUCCGUAAAAUAUGCAGCUUUUUAUCCAUGUAUAUAGGGGCUGCUCUCAUGUCUGUGCUUGGAAAGUGGGCAUAA